AUGCGCAUAUAUCCUCAUGUAGGUUCUUUCCAUAUAGCUUGUUCAGGCUCCUCCUGUAGCUCCAAAAGACCAGCCGUCACCCCUCUGACCCCAAAUCCUCCACAGCAGAGCUCGAGGAGUAACUACAUGUUUGUAGUUAAUGAGACCAUCAACACUUCCUAUUUAGUGAAGAAAGCUCAGCAGAGGCUGGUGAAGUGCCUCUCCACACCUCCUCCUUCCAUCAGACAGGACUGGUGUUUCUCCUACACUCAGGACGAUGAGCGAGUCGGACCUCUGAGUGAAGUUCUCCAGCACAUCCUCACUGGAGUUACAAGUCGCUCUCUCACACUCGGAGUCCUGGAAUAUGUCCAGGCCAUGAGGGACGAAACCCUCCAUAGAUGUGGUGAUUGUGAUUGGGCGGGGGCGUGUCACGUUCCCCCUGAGGAGGCUCCAUGGACUGAGGAGGCGUGUGAGGACCUGUGGGAGCGUGUGGAGGGGGUGCGACACAAACUGACUCGAAUCCUAAACCCGGCUAAACUCACUCCGUAUCUGCGCCAGUGUAAAGUCAUUGAUGAGCAGGAUGAGGAUGAAGUGCUCAACUCCACACAGCUUCCUCUACGCAUCAGCAAGGCUGGUCGUUUAUUGGAUAUCUUGAGGGGGCGUGGCCAGCGUGGACUGCAGGCCUUCAUGGAGUCUCUAGAGUUUUAUCAUCCCGAGCAAUACACACAGCUGACGGGCCAGCAGGCCACACAGCGCUGCUCUAUGAUGCUCGAUGAAGAAGGCCAUGAAGGCCUGACACAGUUCCUGCUGUUAGAGGUGAGAAAGUUGCGAGAGCAGCUGCGUAACAGUCGCAUGUGUGAGCGGCACCUAUCGCAGCGCUGUCGUGUGGCCGAGGAUGAACGCAGUCGAGCAGAGCGGAAGAACCAGGAGCUGAAACAGGAGCAGAGCCAGCUGGAGCGGAUGAGGCAGGACUGUGAGGCAGGAGCGAGGGAGUUGGGUCGGCUGAAGGAGAGACUUUUAGAGCAGGCAGUAAAAUAUUCACGAGCUCUAGAAGAACAACGGAAAGCCUCCACCCGAGAGAGGGAGUUACUGUCACAGAUAGAGCAAGUGAAGAUCAGACUAAAGGAGGCGGAGAAAAGCUCUUUUGGAGACUCUACCCAAUCAGCGUCAGUCACAAGGGUUGUGAAUGUGUGCAGCGCCCCUGCUGGUCAAGAUAUGGUACUGCAAAGCACAGACGUACUGAGAGAGCGCAUCACUGGUACACAGGCACUGCUGGAUAUUCUUCAUCAGGACCGGAGAGAAGCAGCAGAACAGAGGAAGGAACUCUGCAGUACUAUUAUCAGGCUGCAGGGGGAGCUGGAGAGCUCUGAGGCUGGUAGAGAAAAGUUGGAGGCGCAGUGUGAACAGUUACAGUUGAAGUUGAGGACUCUGCAGUUGGACUGGGAGGAGGAGCAGAAGAAAAGUUCAUCUUACUUCAACCAAAUCAUGGAGCUGGAGAGAGAGAGAGACCAGGCUCUGCGCAGCAGGGACAGUCUGCAGCUGGAGUUCACUGACUGUCUGCUGGACAAGAACCGCCUGCGUAAGUGCAUCACCGAGCUGCAGGAGCGAGUGGAGCAGCUGCACAGAGAACUGCAGAAAGAGAGGGACAAAAACCGUGAGCAGGAACACACACAGUGCUGCGGUCAUGGGUCACAUCUGUCUCUGCUCAGUGAAGAAUGUCUUGGGCCGUGCUGUUCACUCAGUCUGACCACCUGCGACAGCUCACAGCUCCUAAAUAAGUGUAAUGGGCAGAGCAGUGAACACUCUGAAGAUUCUCACUACAACUCAGAGGACGAUCAUGACAGUCCGUUACACAGCGCUAAGGAGAUAAACCGACUCUCCACCUUCCCCUUCCCUCCUCACAUCAACUCCAUCAACCGCAGAGUCAACACUGAGUUUGAUUUGGAUUCUUGGGGCAGCGAUGAAACAGAGAACACCACAGACCUCGAAUCAUCACUCCUGGGUUCAUGCAGCUCUCUUCAGUCCUACUUUUUAUCUCCUGAUCCAGUCAACCUGCCACCGAACAUACACACACUAGAGCCAGAACCCACCCCUAUCUCCCCCCCCAGUAACACCAGUCUGGCUGAUGACAUCACUGUUGUCGGGGGUAACCGCACCGGUAUUUUUGUGCAGACAGUGAGGGCGGGGUCAGCAGCGGAGAGGUGUGGCCUCAGAGAGGGCAGUGAGCUAAUAGAGUUGGAGGAGGGGUUGUUUUCAGGAGGUCAUGUUGAUCUGAGUCAGUGUACAGCAGAAGUGGCUCACUUUACACUACAGUGGUGGACCGAGCCAUCGUCACUUAAACACAGAGUUAAUGAAGAGGGUUAUUCCUGUUUAAACAGUGAACUCUCCUCCCCCUCCUUCAUGGGUGCCGACUCGUUUUACGUCCGUGUGAACCUCGACCUGUUCCUGGUGGGGGAUCAGCCCUGUCUGCGUGUCGCCUGUGACGACAUCCUGCACGUGACCGACACCAGAUACAACGGGAAAUACCAGUGGCGCUGCACACGUGUGGACACAGACACUGCCAAAUCACUGCAGAGUGGAGCUGUCCCUAACUACAGCAGGGCUCAGCAGUUACUCCUGGUGAAGCUUCGCACCAUCACACUGCAGCAUCAAGACAAGAAGAAGAAAUUCCGGAAGAAGGUUUCUGAGCGUAUGAGGUUGGUGAAGGCCAUCUCUCCUAAAUGUCGAGACGUUGGCUCCUCCUCCUCUGUGCGCUACACAUUCAGUAACCGUCAUGAGGAACACCUGAUACCCUACACUCUGGUGCAGCCCGUACAGGUGAAGUGUAAAAGGCCCGUGAUUUUCUCUCCGUCUGUUCUCUCUCAUGGUCUCAUCGAGAGAUUACUGCAGCCUGCUGAUUCUGGACUGCACUUUGACACCUGUCCUCCAGAGCCGAUACCAGCAAGUGAGCAUAAUGAUAAGAGUGUGUUUCUCUUGGAUCUAACACACACACCAGAGCACACACUCGGCAUCAGACUGCAGAGCAUCCAGGAGGUCAUAAAGCAGGAUAAACACUGUUUGCUGCAGCUGAGCGUGAGCAGUGUUGAAGCGUUGCUGAAGCAGGGUGUGUAUCCCAUCAUCAUCCACAUUAAACCCAAGGACAAGAAGGGCAAGAAGUUCCGUAAGCUGCUGCCGUGUGUAGGAGACAGUGAUGUGAUGGAGGUGAUGCGGGUGGAGGAGCUGCAGUUAGAGACUCUCCCUCUGAUCUUCAGCACACUGCAGCCGAGCGACUGGAGCUGCACCGACGACCUGAUCCACACCGUCCGCCACACCAUCCACACCCAGCAGGGGGCGCUCGCCUGGAUCGAAAUGGACAGGAUAUAAUCAUCAUCACCAUCAUCGUCAUCAUCACCACAGGAAGAUGAAGAACUGAACCUGUUGUAGAAAAUUAAGAUUAAACACUAGUUUACUACAAUUCGAAUACUUUAAUGGGAACAAACUGUGAGAAACCAUCAAAUACACACAACCAUACCU